AAUUUAUCGUCGUCACCGGUCGUCACUAUCUGCCGCUUAUCACGUAUAUAUUUUCUAUUUUAUGCUCAGUUUCAUUCAGUCAGUCGUUUGAGUUGUAUUGAGCAAGUCUUAAGCUUAUUUUUUCGUGCCGGUUGGUUUUGUUAAAAGUUGGUGUAAAAUAACAGAAAUGGCAACAGAUGUGAGUUCAUCACCCAUGCCGCAGCUGCAGUCCGUGCAGAAGGCUAUGGCUCUGCCCACAGUUGGAGCAGCUGUAGGUCAAGUCGGAGCAUUCUACACUAAAGUUAAAGGAGCCCACUCCUUACUAGAAUGGGCACUCUCCACGGCUGAGGCCGGCGUGGUCCGCGCGGCCAACACAGCGGCGCCCUACGUGGCUGCUCCCCUCGCCGCUGGGGACGCCAGGGUCGCCGCCGUUUUGGAUGAACUCGAGCGCCGCGUGCCACUUGUCGCUGAACCUCCCAAAGUCAUCGUGGAGACCACCAGACAAGCAGUUAUGUCUAGAAUCUCACCCCAUGUCAACAAGGUAUACACAGCCCGCGAGGCAGCAGAGCAGCGUGUGCACUCGCUCAAGGAGCUCUCCUGGGCCAAGGCCAACGCGCUCCUGUCCACAGCGUACGGCCAGAAGGCUGUGCACAGCGUCGACAUGGGCGCCACAUACGCCAUGCAGCUGCUGGACCACUACCUGCCUCCCGUGGGACCGCAGGAGGAGCCCGGCAACGAACUUGUAGCGGCGAGCAGCGAGCCGGCGCUGCACACCGCGCAGACGGUGGGCCGCCUCACCGCCGUGGCCGCGCGCCGCGUCUGGGCCAACCUCGCCUACAAAGUCAACGAGCUCAGGAACUCUGGUGUGGAGCUGGACGUCCGCCGUUACAUCACGGCGCUGCUGGCGGCGCUGCACCUGGCCAACGUGACGAGCCAGCAGCAGCAGCAGGAGCAGGAGCAGACGGGCGCGCCCCCGCAGGCCGCCGCCGAGCCCGCGCCCGCGCCCCCCGCGCCCUCCAAGCACGCGCCCGCCUCCGCGCCCACCACCGCCACGCAACUCAAAACUACCCCCGAGUUCAAGUCCACAGAAACGUCUAACUAACUUUUUCAUUUCUUUAAUUAUAUAACGUAAAUUUUAUUUUAUUAUUAAUUUACAAACAGGAUCCUAUUUGAGCAGAAUGCAUUUAGCUUGUGCAUCUGGCCUUGCUUUGAGAUAUGAAUUGAGGUCGGCAAACAAUAACCGCGCAAGCCGGGCCGGCGCCUGCGCACUGGCGCGCUAGUAGCGACCUGUUUGUUUAGAGCUAAGUUAUUUAGCCACAAUGCUGGUAUACAGGCUGUACCCUCAUUGUUAUGGCGCAUUUAAUUAAGUGAAAUCAUUUAAUGUAUUUCUAUUUAUCAAAGACUGUCAAUAUGUCUUCAAUUUUUAAAUAUUUAUCGCUUUUAUAUGGCAUAUUGUAAUGAUCUAUUUUAUAUUGUAGUGAUUUUGAAUCGUAUAUCAAAUAAAAGGAAUUUUAUAUUAAAAUAAAA